AUGACCCAAGCUGCAUUUUCAACCGGAUGUGAACGCACCACCGAGUUGGCGGCGCCAUGCCCACCGCCAGCUGCUGACCGCGCACUUUGUUUACUUCGCCGCCACGUUGGAUUCCGUUCAAAAAGUACACGUGACACGAAACGGAACUAUAGACGAUAUGUCGGCGAAAACAGCCAUCAUGCUGCUGCUGCUGCUGCUGCUCCACCGCCGCGUACGUUCUGGUCUGUUCGAUCUGAACCCUCCUUUCUGCGGUUACACGCUGUGUGUACCUUUGUCAGUCUCUGCGCCUCAGCCUACCCCCAAUCGUCCUCAGAUCGUCUUGUCAGCGGUGUCAGGUGGGUGUGAGAGGGAUUGUGCGAUAGAUGCUGUGGAAGUCUGUCUUACUGUAAAAUAACUCACACGCAAGUCGCUGGUGAUACGCCUACCCUGUGGGGCACAGGGUGUGGCAGUCAAGCUGUCCGGCAGGUCGUGUGAAAGAGACCGACUUCAGAUGAGGAGUUUCUUUGCCGCUGAAUGAAAAAGCCGGAGGCCGGAUUUGACGCAUAUGGAUCGCAUAGAGUUAUCCCAUGUGCGACAUUUUUAUGGAUACUCAUCCCCAAUAACACCUGUUGAGCCCAGUUCUGGCCUCCUACUGGUCCAGCACAUUUUCCCUCUGGACCAUUUUAGAGGAGGACACAUAUACACACAUCCCGAAUUUCUUGCUGACUGAAAGUCCAGCUCAGGGGGGCUGGAAAACCGCAUUUAUCAAAGCAUACGAGGCUGACUUGUGACUAUUAGUUCGCUUUCAAGACCGUCAUGGCGGCGUCUGACUUAUUCGCUUACUUGUACUUGAUACGGCUGCGAUCAUGCCUGAUCUAGCCGACCUCGAUGAUGUCACGAACUGUACCUCUCCACGCGUGACGAUCCGCGGCAGCAGAUCUGAACAGCUCCGCCCAUUCUCUUUGCCAAUGACGGAGAUCGAAUACGGAAGGUCCAAGAUCUACCUCCGUGUCGUGACAGACUGCGUCGGGCCAGGUUUUGAGUUGCCCCUCUCUUCGACGCCUCCAAUGAGGCAACGCUGCCGGAUCGAGGGCAGUAACACUGAGCUCCUGGGGUGGACGACGAAGAACAUGCCCGAACCACCUCAGUCGUCUUUCUUGGAUGGCCUGAGUUAUCCGUGCGCUGUUGUCGCAGCGAGCGCGGACUAUCUGAUUUGAGACGAAGUCGGGGGACUUCACUCGAAGGAUGACCCUCAAGCAUUCGUGAUCAAAUACCUCCAGUUUUCGCUCUUCCUCCACGCGCAGAGCCCAGCAUUCACAACCGUAGAGAAGGACAGACCGGACAGAUGCACGGUACACGUGAAUCUUAGUGGCGACGGAGAGGUCGCGUCGGAUCCAUAGGCAUUUUCGAAGGCCUGAUAAAACCCGGCGGGCAGCAUUGAUUCGGGAGACAAUGUCAUCCUUACUCUGUCCAUUAGGCAACAGCCUCGCCCCGAGGCAUUUAAAACUGUCUACUUCUUCAAGUUGACAACCAUCGAUCCCGAGGGUUGCCCUCUCCUGGUCAGGGAUGCGGCUUGAAAACACUUUAGUCUUCCCAGCGUUUAUGGAUUAACCGACUGAUUUAUCGACCUCGUUCACGCGUGACACCAUAGACUACAGAUUAACAAAACUUGAAGCAAGUAAGGCGAUAUCAUCGGCGUAGUCGAGAUCAGUCAGUCGGUGUCCGGGUGCAAACUCAACACCGCCACCUUCGUGUAGGGUCCUCCCGAGAAUCCGGCCAAUAGCGUAGUUGAGCAGAAUUUGGCGACAGGAUACAACCCUGUCGAACGCCAGACCGAAUACCGAACGUUUGGGUAAGAUUGUUGCGGACCAGGACUCUCGUAGUAGUGGAGCGGUAAAAGGUCUUGAUCAUGACGAUGAUUUUUGUCGGUACACCAUCUAGCGCCAUUAUCCGCCACAGGGACUCACGAUGGACGGACUCUAACGCGGCGGCAAAGUCAAUUAGGCAGGCGGCCGUCGGUUGUUGGUAGCUAUGGCGGAAUUCGAGAAUGCGCCUCAGUGUAAAUAUCUGGUCUGUGCAUCCACGUCCAGCACGAAAUCCGGCUUGGUUGGGCCUCGUCCUUGAGUCACGCACAGCCUGGAAUCGCCUGAGUAGAACAAUAGCGGGGAUCUUCGCAGCAACUUCGAUGAGGCUUAUGCAGCGGUAGUUCUCUCAUCUUGUGUUAUCUCCCUUCUUGGGGAUAGGUACAAGGAUGCCCGAGUCCCAGUUAUCAGGAGAAACCUCGUCUCUCCACGCUCGUCCAAUCACCUCAUGGAGCCAGGGCGCCAUGCGGAACAUGAGCUGACUACUAUGUAAUCAGUCUGAUUGGCUAUAUGGCCGUCGUUUGGAUAUCAGGUCAGCAGAUGUUUUUUGCGAUGCUGGAAACAUGUGUUGGUGACAAGCAGUCGGUUUCGAUCAGCGGAGCUCAGCAAUCUCUCACCAUUUUCACAUUGGGAACCAAGGCCAAAGCGGCCAAGAAGAUGACUCGUUGUGGGGUCACCAGACCCAGUUCGACCAUUCCAAUCGCCAGCAACAAUCAGCAGAUCGCAGCGAGGCAGUCUUUCAACUAACGCUUGCAACUGCGAGUAAAACGCCUCUGUAUCGCGCAUUUUGGCAACUGAAGUUGGUGCGUACACAGCGACGAUAGAGAUGUUCGUGAAGUGACCCUUCAGUCGCAUGUAGGUCGUCCGGUCAUUGACUGGUUCCCAAGCAAGUAGUGUGGGGUUCGCUUGUUGCGAUAGGGCGAUCGCCACACCGUGUCGACCAGAAGAGCCGCGCGGGCCGCUGUGGUGCAGGGUGAUGUGUGGUUCGACUCCAGGGCUCUUUAUUUCACGGGAGCCUGAGUCAGGGAGUCGAACAUCAGACAGACAGCAGACAUCUAAGUUGUAUUGAUCAAGGCUGCGUGCGGUCAGACUUUGGGUACCGGGGUCCAGGAACGUUCGCACAUCCCAGCAUCCAAUACCAAGAGUCCGUCCCCGAUUGAGUAGUCCAGCUCGCAUACUAUUCGCCGGCACCACUGUACCAGGGUUGCGGAGCGCGUCGGUUCCCGCGGACGCCGUAUCAUGGGUCGUAAUACUGCAGUCGGACAUAUUUCAUGAGGUUUCUUGGGAAUUUCGAAUACGGGCAGGUCCCUAACGGCCGCUCAGAUUGUUUGUUUCAGGUUGUCUCCUCUAGCGUUUUGGCUUAAAAGCCUAACAACGAGGCAGCGGUGGCAAGCAAACUUAUUUAAUGGCGGUUUACGGUCGCCAUGUCACAAUGCCGUCAUUGGGCUUUGCGGCUUUUUAUAAGCCUUUCAGUGUGCCAGAUCUCAGUCCACCGCACUCUGGUAGCAAUGUCGCUGCUGGUCCGCGACUGCUUAUUCGUCAGACCUGCGUCUGCAGCCAGCAGCUAGGCUAACGGGCAACCUGUCUUCCCGGUUCGUCUGGAUCCCUGCAAUCGGGAGUAUUACCGUCGAAGGUGUGGAAAACUGGACUGGUCGUGUGGCGUUGAAUAGUCACAAUCGCAGCUCGAAAUACGUGGGACCGCAGCCCUCCUGAUGGGGUGCUUUACGCAAAAAAACCGACGACUGAAUUAUUCCCGCCCGACUGCCAGGCCGUUGAGCUCCAAUCUAUAACAAUCUUUUUCAGCCGUUCGAUGUACCCAUCUGGCCUUCAACAAGAUUGUAUCCCGAUGCCCAUUUAUGUUCACCACUGACUGGGCUCUCGGAGGGACGCCGACUGUCUGAUCUCAUCCUACAAGCAUCAGGUUUUAAUGAUCUGCAGUCUGUGGUGUCACGGGUGAAUGAAAUCUGUCGGGUUGUUCGCUGAUCCUCAGAAUUCGGUUUCCGUCGUUGUAGGGAAGAUAGGUGAGUCACACCAGCCGUCAAGCCUGGAAUUUUGUAGGUCGUACUAUGAUAAAGGCCGGCUAGAUUAGUUGUAAUCUCACCCGCUCCAAGCGCAGAUCAGUACAGGAAAAACAUCCGUUGACGGUAGUGACGGUAUAUGCCUCAACCGUUUCCGCUGUAUCGUGGCGGACAGUUGUCAAGACUGGAGCAGACACGAAAGACGCCAUCAUUACCCAACUCAUUUCAUUUCAUUUUGUCCUCACUGCCAAGGUCCGCUAAAUGCCUGGAAUAGCUUUGACUUAUCAGCCCACCCUGUGCACAACAAGAUGUCGUCGGUGAAACCCCCCUCCACAUGCCCCAACUGUAACUUCACGUCUCCCUCUGGUGCAGACUCGGUGCGUUUGUCUCCUCCACUGUGACCGCACAUUUCAGUCACACAUCGGCAUAGUGGGUCACAUGCGAAUACAUUGUAAAUUGGGUAGAGGACCAGUACCUGGGACUCCGGUUAACAUCCUUCAUGCCCAUCCUCCCACCCCCACACCGUAUCCCCACAUUAAACCACCGAAUGACCCUGUUUGGUCAUACAACAGUUUGACCAUCGCGAACGACAACCUCCACCGCGUGCCCCACGGAGUGGGAUGCAGGACUUGCGAAGCAUCUAUCACACUCUCUUCUUCCCCACCCACCUGGACAACAGGUUGGCCUGGGGUGCAGUGAUUAGCAAGGCGCCACGCGCCACACACGGCCCGACAUGCGCCGGUUUCAGUAAGGGUGGCUUGAAUGUCAUAAAGGCCACAUUAAUAUGGAGCUGUUGUAGUCUGACUCGGUUCUGAGAAGGACCGAGUUACCCCGUUGACCGGUUUAAACCACUACUACUAUUAGCUUUCCGGGCGUCUGCUAUGCCAUGGUCAGCAAACCGUGGCCCUCGCAGCCAGGCGUGCGCUGGCAGUUCUCCGGUACCCCGUUCUCGGGCGGUAGAUGCGGUUGCGUGUAUGGCUGCCCAGUCAUCCACGUCCUUUCUAUUGUUGUUGAUGUUGUUGUUGGUCAAAAUCCCGGUCAAGUGUUUGUUGUGGACCAGGGGGUUAGGCGUGGAGCGUCAAGGUGCGGGUUCAGCCGCGCCCUCCCCGUCUCCAAUCUUCCUAACUCUGUCUUGAUCCCGGGUCCAGGUGUGGGGGGAAGGAGAGAGUGAGGUAGAUGCUGCGCAAGUCUACCCUCAUUCUCGUUGUCCUUCUGACCCGUGUUGGGAUGUUGCUGUAUGCCUGCCUCACAUUGCUGUGGAGCACACGGUGGACAUCGUCGAAUGCGGCGGUCGAACUAUCACACUACCGCGUCGUGAUAAAUCCAAACGCGUCACAAAUUGUUGCGGUCAGGAUGGAUUUCCCAGUGUCGGUUCAAUCCUCUUUUUCUUCUCCUAGGCUUGACAACCAACAGGUGAUGGGAUUGGGCACAGUAGAUGACGCGGCGUGCGUGCCACACACACGCACUCACGUGGGCUGCCUGAUUGACGACAACGAUCGUCACAUCUCACCUAGUACUCUUGCCCACAUUGUCUCCACGAAUUUACUCACCACAUGA